AUGGGGCACGUGACAGGAACAACCAAAGCACCUAGUGAGGAAGAUGUGGAUGCCUAUACUAAGUGGGAGGAUGAUGAUGGAUCUGUGAUGGCAAUUUUAUUUAAAGCCAUGACUGAAGAUGUGCUACAAUUGGUGGAAGAGUGUGAGACUGCUGAAGCAAUAUGGAAGACAUUGGGGGAUUUAUAUACAAAUGAGUCUGAUUUUAUACAGAAGCGUCCUUGCAAGAUCAAGAGCCAAGAACAUCUUGUGUGGUACCAAAAGGAGAAGGAACUUGAAAGGGUUCAUGUAUUCUUGAGAGGGCUUGAUGAGAAGCAUAGCAGUGCCAAGGGAGAAUUGCUUAGAAUGACAGACCCUUCUAGUCUAAACACAGCUUUCACAUAUGUACGCAAGGAUGAGUCUCAGCAGGAAAGUGUCAAACAUGCACAGGUUGAAGUGUCUAGCCUAGCCAUUCAGGCCAAGUCACCAGCACCUUUCCUUCAGCAGCAGAAUUCAGUCCCACUUCAUCAGCAAGGUCCUCCACAAGGUUUCACCAACCGCCCUCGUCCUCAAUGCUUUUAUUGCAACGACCUUGGACAUGUUCGAGAGACUUGUUGGAAACUGAAUGGAUACCCUAAAAAGAAGGGUUAUCGUCCUAAGGCGAAGGCAGCUGUGGUUCAGUUGGUCCAAGAACCAGACUUCUAUGGUGUGGCUAGACAGGAUCAUCGUACGACAGGUGGGGCUACUCCUACAGCCUCUAUAGCUGGUCGUGGUAAGAUUGGUAUGGCUUUAAAGUGUCCUAAGUAA